CGUACAUGAGACUCAGGCUUCUGUGAUCACUGACUCAGGGGAAAGUUCUACGUGUAGGUGGACACGUGGGUUAGUCGAGGUAGAACAAGCUGCGUUUAGCUCUACAGAAUAAUCCCACAUAAAAUGGACGUGUUUAGAGUGCAAAACCCGGCCCUGCUUCAAGCUAUCGUAUGGGGAAAGAAUCAGUUUGAAUCGACCAUUACCAGGGGUUUCACGAAUGAGGCGGUGAGACGAUCAAUACGACACAACGCUACGGUACAGUAUCCUAUUCGAGAUGUGUUUUUCAAUGUAGCUAAUACUCAUGUAGAACUGACUGAUUUGAAUCUGCUGAGAGAACCGAAUUUUCGUUUUACUGCAGUGAAUUCAAAUCUGGAGCUACUUUCCCUGGAUGUGAAAAUCGACGUUGGAAAUUUGCAGAUAUCUGGAAAAUUCUUUGUUAAUAAUCAGGCCUUGAACAAUCUUCUGCCAAUCUCAACAACGGGGAAUUUGCAGAUUUCAUGUGAAAAUGUCAAAGCUGAAGGAUUGAUUGGAAUGUACCCAAUUGAAGACAGUUUCUUGACAAAUAAUUACGGACUCAAGUAUACCGCAGAAAAGGUUAUUGUUAAGAUCCUUUAUCAAAAUAACGACAAAGAGGUUAACGUCGAGCUAGAUAAGGACAGGAUUGAGGAAACGAUAGCUGCACAAUUGUGGAUGGAUCUAAGUGUAGUGCUAAGUAAAACUUUGAAGAAAUAUCUUGACGAAGUUAUCGUCGAGUUAUCAGUAUGUGAGUUGCUGCAGGGUGAGGAGGAACUGGUGGAUAGUUUAAAAUCUCACAAAAAGGCCAUAAGCGUAGUAGCUAACGACAUUUUUGAUAAAAUAAUCGCGAACGCAAAUAAUCGUAUUAACGAGUUGAAUUCUGCACAAAUUUCUGCACCGGAUAUCAAUGCUUCCUUUACAAGAAACGUGGCGGCGGUUACGACCACCGGAAGAUUCGAGGCAAGAAACGGCUGGUUUCGUAAUUUGGCAACCUUGCGUCGUAACGGUGACGUCACGGUCAGCUUAGAGAAUAAUUCGAUUGUGAUACUGGGUACCGUUGGCUUAAAUGAAUUGAAGAUUGGUUAUGAUCAAUACUCGGCAAAGUUUAUGGAUGUUGGUCCAACCGGUUCGAUUGAAACAACAGUUGGUAGCAAUGCUGCCCUCUUUAAAUUUGUAAUUGAAAAGUCCGAAGAUGGCGUUAGUGUACGUCUUGCUGAAUUCAAAAUUACUGAUAUCAGCAAAAUCGAAGCACACGUCACGGGUUUAGGUGGGCUGAAUUGGCUAGCAUCCAAAAUUUCAACCUGGACCGCUGGCACUUUAAGAUGGAACAUAGCACCUGUAGUCGAAGAGAAUAUCAAGAGGAAUGUGAACGACGUGCUGAAAAAUUUUCAAGUAGAUACAAUAUUAAAAAAAUGACUAUUGGUGUAUUACGGUAUCGAAUUUACUGAUAUCAAAGCAGAGAGUGAAUUGAGGAACGAAGAAAGAAAUUACAGUUCUUUUCACAGCGCCAUAUACAACAUGAAUUUCUUUAUAUGAAUUCCAGUAAAAUCUUUCAAAGUGUUUAUAAGACUAUUUUAUUCUAUCAGGAUGAUCGAAGACUGAAAAAUUUAUUUGUUAUAGCUUAAGCAUGGAUUGAUAUUUUUUUCGAUCAUGAUAUUUGUGCUACUUGUUUUUCUUUUUAUGCAUUCACUUGCAAGAGGCAGGAUACCAAUGUUGGUUAUUGAUUAUAUUUAUUUUGAAUUUAAUAGAGGUUUAUGGGCUACGAUGUGAUUAUUUUUAUGUCUAAGGUUUUAUCGCAGUAGACAAUCUACAUAUCAUAGUUACGUUCAAGGAUAUAUUGAAGUAUGAGAGAUAUAAGAUUUCACAAUAUUAAACCACUCUGGAUUGAUAAGCUGAAGCAAUAUUGUUAUUAUGCUCAAAUAAGAGAGAUUAUAAGGAACAAGCUACUGCAUUAUGAUAAUAAUUUGAAAUGUAGUAGCUGUUAUUAAACGUGAUAAAAGAAAUGAUGUAAACAUCGAUAAAAAGUUCAGUUCAAAUAAUUUUCAGUAGUUUUAGCAAUGGAAAACAGUGUUACCAGCAUAGUAUAUACUAUAUAAUAAAAAAAUAUUUUCGAUUAA